GGCCAAGGCUCUGGCAGUGAAGGUGUUCCUCAGGGCGGGACUCCCACACAGACCGUCACCAAGGGUCCACCCGGACUCUCUCCUAGCUGUCUUCUUACAUUUGCCAUCUACUAGAAAUUUAAUACAUCGAGGAAUGUUAUGAUAGUGAUUACGCUUAGCUGAUAAUGAUGUUAGCGAGAGUAAAUUAUCAGCGGGUGUGGCUUCGUUCACUGCUGUGGUUGGCGCUGCUGUGGGCCACGCAGGCUCGGCCGGACGAUGUAACCUCAGAAACACUGAUCACAGAAGACUCCAACAGACUUCAAAACUUCCUGGGAAGUACAAAUAUUAUGCAAACAUCUCGUCAUGAUGUGAUAACUAAUCUAAAUAGCCCCGGAUAUCGCUCGGCGUCCCAAAGCAAUGAUGACAUACUGGAGAAGAUCAAAACGGCGACGUCGACUAGGCUGGCGUCGUCGAUUGAACUUGGCAAAAAGUUCUCCCAGGGGUACAUAGACCUGGGCUCUCGUGACCCCGUUCAGGAGGGCGCCGCCACGUUAGCUUUCGUCUUCGACACUACAGGGUCCAUGUCCGACGACCUGAAGCAGGUGAUCGACGGAGCCGGCAAGAUUCUUAACACCGUACUUGAGAAGUUUGAACGACCUAUCCACAACUAUGUUUUCGUCCCAUUCCAUGACCCAGAGGUGGGCCCCAUAACUGUCACAACAGAUCCUGAGGAGUUCCAGGAGUCCCUGAAGAAAUCCUUUAUUUCGGGUGGUGGCGAUUGUCCUGAAAUGGCCCUGAGAGCAAUCAAGAUGGCUUUGGAAGUUAGUCUCCCAUCCUCUUAUGUUUAUGUCUUCACUGAUGCCCGGGCCAAAGACUUCUACCUCCUGGAUGAUGUACUGAGACUCAUACAGAAGAAACAGUCACAGGUUGUGUUUGUGAUGACAGGCGACUGUGGUAACCACACCCAUCCAGGUUAUCAGGCCUUUGAAACUAUUGCAUCCACUUCUUCAGGCCAAAUUUUUCACUUGGAUAAGAGUGAUGUGAAGGAGGUACUGAAUUUUGUGCGAUUGUCAUUGGAAUCUCGUAAAGUGAACCUUUUGUCUAUUGAUCGAGUGAGUGAGGGCCCUGGUGAAGAAAAUUUGCCACUCUUGGUAGACCGGACACUCAAGCAUUUCACAAUCUCCGUUUCAGGAGAGAAACCCAAGAUUCAGAUUUAUGGUCCAGAAGGGGAAGAUGUGAGUAAGAAUGAGGGAGUUGAGAACUUGCUGGCUCUGGAGAAUGUGAAGAUUGUAGGAGUCAAAGAGCCUUUGCCAGGUCGAUAUAACAUCUCGGUUGGCAGCGAGAGUAAAUACACUGUACGAGCAACAGGACUCUCUUCUCUUGACUUUGAGCAUGGAUUUUCUCUUGAGCCCACCACAAACUUUAAAGAGACUUAUCACAGGCCUAUAAAAGGUGGGUUAUCCUAUGUGGUAGUUAAGCCAGCAGAUGUUACGGAGUUUGGAGAUUUAUAUCGCCUGCAGAUGAUAUCACUUGAUGGUGUUAUCCUUGAAGAUUUGCCUCUUCAUCGCUUGCCUGGAUCUCAUCCCAUUUACAAUGGUACAUCUUUCCUUGCUCCAAAUGAAUCCUUCAACAUUAAGAUCUUUGGGCGGGACGAACAUGGUUAUCAGUUUGAAAGGAUUUCCCCCACAGCAAUAUCCUCCCAGCUACCAUUUCCCCCAGAAGUGACCUCAGCUGAUCGAGUUAAUGGGUAUUUUGACGAGCCCGCAGUGAUUACUUGCCAUGUUAAGACACUCGUGCCAUUUACACUUUCUUGGCAAAAAGAUGGAAUUGAACUAGAUGGCCAGAAGACAUAUCCUCAGUCUGCAGAAGUGAAAUACGUAGUAGAUUUUCCCAGCCGUGAGGAUGAGGGACGUUACACCUGCGUUGCUUUGAAUAUUGCUGGCAGUGCCUCCUCCAGUACUUUCCUUGACAUGAAAGAACCACCCCCACAGAUUGCUGCUCCACUCAAUGCCACACUGCCACCAUCUCAGGCUGCUGUAUUGUCAUGUGAUGUCAGCUCCACUGUGGAGUACAACUUGACCUGGUACCGCUAUGUCGUCCAGGGGCAGGUUCAAGAUUUCUUCGGAAGAAUGGAAACUAUUGGUGAGUUUGUGAGUGUUGAGGGGCUUCAAGGCUUCAGGGUCCUAAGCAACAAGUCUCUGCUUUUGGAAGAUGUUGGGUUAAAACACGAAGGCUGGUUCAGGUGCACAGCUGCAAAUGAAGGUGGAAGAAGGUCCCGGGAGGUUCAUGUGUCGGUGAUGGCACCUCCUGAAGUGUCUGUUGUACCUGAAGUAGUACCAUACCGGGCAGGUGAUAAUAUCACUGUGUCGUGCAUUGCUCGGGGAUUCCCAGAGCCGGAUGUUAAUUGGUGGAGAGAAGACACCCUCUUGACUGGAGGUAGUGGAAAAAUAGUUGCUACGACGACUCGCAAAUUACACCUUUACCAUGCUUAUCCAGAUGAUGGUGGACCUUACACCUGCAGUGCUACAAACUCAGCAGGCACUGCAAGAGCAACAGUAAUACUGACCUUCAUCAGUGCUCCGAAUGUGACCACAUUGCAAGAGGAGGUUCUGGUGGGCAGUGGUGACACGGUGGAACUUCAUUGCUCAGUAGAAGGGAUGCCACCUCCAACUCUCAGAUGGUUGAAAGAUAACACUGUAGAGGUCACUCCAAUGUCUUUCAUCCAGAUGGAAGCAGACCGCCUGAGGAUCCUGGGGGUACAGGAGAGUGAUGCCGGACGAUACACAUGUGUGGCCUCCAACCUGGCCGGCACAGACCAGGCCCACAUUAACUUGAAGGUUGGCUCACCGCCUAUAGUCAUCCAGGCACCUGCAGACACGUCGGUCAUGAUUGGAAGUACAGGUGCAUUGUCAUGCUAUGGUGUUGGGGUCCCGGAGCCCACCAUUACCUGGAGCCGGACAGAUGGUUCUCCCCUGUCCUCUCAGUUCAUACAGGAUACAGACGGAAAUCUUAGGGUCAAAGCCAUGCAAGUAGAAGAUGAAGGUAGCUACACAUGUACUUUAGAGAACCAGUAUGGAAGACAGAGACUACAUGCAACGCUCUCAGUCUCAGGAUUGUUGGCACCCCUGAUUGCUGCACCUCCGGACCCCAACCUGAAGGUUACCCAGGACUCCCCAGUGACUUUGCCCUGUACUGUAGUCAUAGCCAAUCCUCCUCCUCGACUGGUCUGGCUCCACCAAGGCUCACCUAUUGACCUAGACAGAAGGAUGUUCAUGAAAACUGAUGGUUCCUUAACCAUUUCAUCUGUGCGGCCACAUGACGAGGGUGACUACCAGUGUGUUGCCACUAAUGUUGCUGGCAACUCUUCCCUCACCCUACACCUCACAGUCCUAGUUCCUCCACGUGCAAAGGCAAACCGUUUGGAAGAAAGAGUUGUUGCCUUAGAGGGUGACUUGGUGAAGUUAAAAUGUCCUGUUAGGGCUGAUCCUAAGCCAGCAUUCUUCUGGCGUAAGGAUGACCAGCCUCUCUCAGAAGUGUCUAGAAGGAUGCGUUUACUGAAGAAUGGGAUUAUUGUGAUAAGACAGUUGAUGACCGAAGAUGCAGGUACUUACGUCUGUACUGCUGUUAAUGCUGCAGGUGCCACUACCAUUCCUGUCGUUCUUGAAGUUCACGUCCCGCCAACAAUUGAAGCAGAUUCUGAGACAUAUAUAGUGUCUGAGGGAGAGGUGUUGAAUGUGCCGUGUGUCGCCAGUGGCAACCCACCACCCACGCUCACUUGGGUUCGUUAUGACCAAACACUCAUGUUGGACAACACACUUAAGGACGGGACACUCAGGCUGGUGGGAUCAGUUGAAAGUGAGGGCUACUAUGAGUGCUUAGUGACCAACGAUGCUGGUUCAGCUAAGCGUGCAGUCACCGUUGUUUUGAGCAAGAGCCCAGAAAUCUCGCCAUUGGGUGACGAGUCCUUGACAGUGCUGGCUGGACAGGAUCUAAAGUUACCAUGUGAGGUCACAGGACAUCCACCACCCUUGGUGUUUUGGGAGAGAAACGGAAGAAAGUUGACUGCCAGUGAUAACCUGAGGCCUGCCCCAGGGUACCUACUGAUGAGUGGUGUAACCCCUGAUCUAGCAGGAAUAUUCACCUGCACCGCCAUUAACUUAGUUGGGGAAGCCACCAAGACUUUCACCAUCAAUGUUAACUAUGCUCCCAUAGUGGAGGAGCAGCUUAAUCUGUGGCCAGAGAAGAGCGUAGUGGAGGGGGGUCAACUCUCGCUUCCGUGCAGUGCCCAUGCCUACCCAGAACCAACUCGAGACUGGACUAAGGAUGGUUCCAGGCUUCUUCCUGAUGAGGAUCUGACAAUUUCAAGUAGUGGUACAGUUGAGGUAGCCCGUGCUGCCCCUAGUCACUCGGGCAGCUACAGGUGUACACUCGCCAACAUGAUCGGCGAGACACACAUUGACUAUGAUGUCAAGGUUCUUAUUCCACCAAGAGUAACGUCACAGCACCUCUCGGAGAUCCCCCUUGUGGUGGAGGGAGAUGGGGUGACUAUCAACUGCCCAGUUGAUGCUGUGCCCUUGCCCACUAUCACCUGGUUCAAGGAUGGUCUCUCCAUCUUUUCCACAAAGGAUCGAGCAGACAUGACUCACAUAAUUGUUGAGGAUAAUGGUCGAACUCUGCACAUUUUAGAGGCAACCGUUGAUGACAAAGGCAUUUACCAGUGUGUGGCCAAGAAUGAUGCCGGGGAGACAGAGCUGCUUUUCCCACUGGAGGUAUUAGUGGCACCCCAGUUCUCUCAGUUCUUUCACAUCCCUGAAGUAAAGUUGAUGGUGGGGGAGGAGCUAGACCUGGACUGUGACGUAACUGGUGAUCCAGAACCUCAGGUAUCAUGGCAUCAUAAUGGAGUUGCACAGUAUGUACACGUGAUGGCGGGUGGCCGGAGGGUUAACAUACCCCAUGUGAGGGUCAGGGAUGCUGGCCUCUACACCUGCACUGCCAUGAAUGCAGCUGGCACCACACACAGAAACUUCACUAUCACAGUCUUAAUGGCUCCUAAGGUGGAGGGAAGUGGCAGACAGAGACAGGUAGUGGAGGCGGUGGCUGGAGGCGACGCUCACCUCAGAUGUGAUGUAACAGGCUCACCGCAGCCAACUGUCGUCUGGACUAAAGACAGGCAACCUGUCACUCACUUAACUGGAGUGGAAUACUCAACAAGAGAAGGUAACGACGAGGUGUUAACUUUACAUCAUGUGACACCUGCAGCUUCAGGCGUUUAUACCUGUAAUGCUUCCAACAUUGUUGGGACUGCCUACAGGGAGUUCAACUUUACUGUCAUGAAACCUCCAUCAGUGAGACAUAUUGAUGGUGGUAGUGAUAAUGUCGUGGAGGGAGUACAGGUGGUAGCUGGGAAGGACGUUAUCUUGGAUUGUGGUGUGGAGGGAAUUCCUGCGCCAACUGUGACAUGGAUGCGUGAUGGUCAUACGCUUACAACUUCUCCCCGCAUUCACCUUAUGGCUGCAGACCAGUUGUUAAUAACAAAUGCCCAGGAUGUAGAUUCUGGAGAUUACAUAUGCCUUGCUACAAAUCGUGCAGGAACUGCUGAGAAACAAUUUGAUGUGCAAGUGAUUGUACCGGCAAAGAUCACAGGUUCAACUGAAUUGAGUGAUGUCUCAAGUCCACCUCAUCAAGAAGUGUUGGUAGAUAUGCCCUUCUCGCUCUUUUGCCCUGCCUUUGGCUCACCGCUGCCCUACAUUACAUGGACAAAGGAUGAUGCUCCACUAGUUGGCCUCUUGGGCACUGGUCUUGAUGGUCGGCUUAAUCUUGGUGAGGAUGGUCGCCGCCUCUUAGUGUCUGGGGCAGUUGUUGCUGAUUCUGGCACAUACACCUGCACUGCUGAGAAUAAAGGCGGCAAAGAUUCUGCAUCUUAUGACGUUGUUGUUCUAGCUCCUCCAAUGAUUGUCCAAAACACGGACACUUUCUACUCAACUGUUGAGGGUGAGGAGGUGAUUCUUCAGUGUGAGGUGGAGGGGGAUCCUUCCCCAGCAGUAGUUUGGUUACAGGAUGGAGUACCAUUAUUGGACUUGGACUUGCUGGGUGUGACGAUUCAGGAUACCUUCACCAGCACAAGUGAUAAUGUGACAAAAUCUAAUUCAGUUGUAAGGAUCUCUUCAGUGAGUGAAGUUCACGCUGGGUCUUACACAUGCAUAGCCAGCAGUGUGGCGGGAGCCGACGAGUUAUCUUACAUUGUGCGAGUGGCCACAGUUCCUCGCCUAGAGGACGACGUAACCAAUACACAACUCACUGUUCGUGUUAAUCGUCCUGCAACACUCACCUGCCAAGUGCAAGCCACACCUCGGCCACAGUUCUUCUGGUUCAAGAACUCUCUUCCACUAGAAGAAGGUGCCCCAAAUGUGCAUUUGAGAGCAGAUGGAAGAGAACUAACACUUCUACAAGUAACGGAAGAUGAUGCAGCCAACUUCUCUUGUUUAGCUGUCAAUGAGGCAGGCGCAGUCAUCCUUAAUUUUACUCUAGAAGUUCAUGCUCCACCCCGUCUAAUGGAAGAGGUGGACGAGGCAUUACAUGUGACCUCUGGGGAAGAUGCAGAGUUCUUUUGCCCAGUCCAUGCCACACCAAAUCCAUCAAUUCUCUGGAUGAAGGAUGCCAGCAUCAUGCAACAGACUUUUACUGCAUUGGAUCCUCGAAAACUGUUAUUGGUGAAUGUUAGCAAGCAACAUGAUGGACGUUACACUUGCCUGGCAACCAAUGAGGCUGGCACGCUUGAACAGGAUUUUACACUUCGUGUUAUGGUUCCACCUCGAUUAUUGAACAUGGACACUCCUGUGAUGGAAAAGUCAGUGGUAGUUAAUCGACCAAUUACCAUCACAUGUUUCAUUGUUGCUGACCCUCCUCCAUCGAUAUCUUGGCUUAAGGAUGGGGAGCCGCUGUCCUCUCUCUCAUCCGACAUGAGCAUUGACAAUCGAGGCCGCCAUCUGAACAUCUUUCAAGCCCGGCUGGUGGACAGCGGCAACUACACCUGUCAAGCUACCAAUGCUGCUGGCACCACCAACCUCACUACUCUCUUGUCUGUUCAAACUCCACCAUUAUGGAACAGUGACUCUGACUUUGAGAAAGAGGUUGUGGGCAUUGGUAAACUUGAUCUCGAUUUGUACUGCGAUGUGACAGCCAUUCCUGUUCCCUCGGUGCUGUGGCUAAAGGAUGGACAGCUAUUAACUCCAUCACCUGGAAAAUCUCAACUUGCACAGAAUGAUAAAUUACUACAACUGAUGUCAUUGGAAGGGAGUGACAGUGGGCACUACACAUGUGUUGCCAGUAAUGCUGCAGGUACUGCUGAAUAUGACUUUGAGUUGACUGUGUUGGCACCACCAACCCUUGUUUAUCAGCCACAGUUGGAACACACAGUGUUGGUGAAUCGUGCUCUAUCACUUGAGUGUCCAGUAGAGGGAAUGCCUGAACCUGCUAUUGAUUGGAUAGUAGAUGGCCAACCUGUCACAUCCUCUGGCCAGUAUGUUAGUUUGUCUACCACUAAAACUCAACUGCAUCUAUUCAGAGUGCAGAGCACAGUCAGUGGGCAAAUUUCAUGUGUAGCAAGUAAUGCCGUGGGUGUCCUGAUAACUAACUACACCAUUACUGUGUUGACUCCUCCUUCCAUCUCUGCUACCCCUGCCAGUCGUCAUGCCAAGGUGCAAGAGGGAGAUGUUCUCACCCUCUCCUGUAAGGCACAUGGCCAGCCAACACCACAGGUAGCAUGGGUAACAGCAGGUGGUAAGGUACUGAAUGAGAGCGAGCUGUUUGCCUCUGGGCUUGAGGUACAGGACGACGGCCAAUCACUGGUGGUAUUGGAGGUCAAUGGGGAGCAUGAGGGCCGUUACACAUGUAUUGCUUCCAACUCAGCUGGCUCGGCUGAGGAGUCCUUCUUUGUCCAGGUUUUGUUGCCACCUGUGAUUGAGCUACCAGAGCAUGGGACAACGCGGGUGUUGGUGCAGAGCUCGUCUGUUACUCUGCCAUGUUUGGUGGAUGCUCGACCUCCUGCAACAAUCUCCUGGUUAAAGAAUGGUAAAGCGUUGGAGGUAGGAAGAGACCACUUUCUGCAUUUAACAGGCAGUGGGGAGUACCUUAACUUCUUGCGGGUCCUGCCACACCAUGCAGCCAAUUACACUUGUGUAGCUACAAGUGUCGCUGGCAAAGAUUUCCUCACUUACGACGUGCAUGUUACAGUUCCUCCAGUGAUUAUUGAGGAUAUGGUGGAGAACAUCAUAGGAGGGGGUAUUGGUGGAGAGACUGUUGGUGUGGUUGGUGGCGAGCUGGACUUAGAAUGUUACACUCUCGGCACGCCCACACCCACACUCUCUUGGGCUAAGGAUGAUGAGGAUGUGAAACCAACUGAACGGCUGACAAUAUUUGAGGAUGGACAAGUGUUGAAGAUUCAAGAUGCUCAGACAGAUGAUUCUGGUCGCUACACAUGCACAGCCACCUCUGCCUCCGGCGUGGCUUCCAAGGAUUUUGUGGUCAUUAUUCACAGUCCACCUCGCAUUAUAUCUCCUUUAGAGAAGACUCUGGAUGUUGUUCUGAAUCAGCCAUUGGUACUGACUUGUGAGGCUGAGAGUACACUAACACCAGCAGUGUCCUGGGUCAGACAUGGACGACCAAUUACUCCAUUCACAAAUGCUAACUAUCAGAUCAGAGCUGGAGGACACGAGCUGCAUUUGCGUCGUGUUCGCAAAGGUGAUGGUGGCCCCUUCACAUGUAUUGUUGUCAAUGCUGCCGGUCAGGACACCCUCACCUAUACCCUCACUGUUCAAGUUCCAGCCAAGAUAGAGCGAGCUAAUAUCCAACAACGUGUAGUGGGGGUGGCAGGCCAGACUGCUGAGGUGAUGUGUGAAGCAUCUGGCAACCCAACACCCACCAUCUCCUGGACUCAUGCCAACACACUCAUUACUCCAGAUCAUCCUCACUACCAGAUCGUGGAUAAAGGCUCACUCUUGCGCCUGCUAGAGCUGGACCCCGAGGACGAGGGUGUGGUCACCUGCACUGCGGCCAACCUUGCUGGCCAAGACAUUCUCAACUUCACUUUACAAGUCUUAGUGUCCCCACAUGUUCCAGAUGAUGCUGUGACAGAAAUUACUGUGAAAGAAGAUGAGAGUGUUGUCCUUGUGUGUCCAGUUACAGCCACACCUGAACCAUCUGUUGUGUGGUCGAGAGAUGGGACUAUUGUGGGAGUGAGUGGCCAUGGAAACGUGGAUGUGAGUGGUGAUGGGCACACACUGAGGGUGAUUCGGGCAGGCAGUCAUAAUGCGGGCAUCUACACCUGUACUGCCUCUAAUGCUGCAGGCGUCCUUGAUGUACAUCUCAUGCUCAAUGUUCUUGUGCCUCCACAGAUUGCUGGCACAAGGCCAGGAAGCCAUCACCGACAAGGCGAAGAGGAACUGGUGACAGUGAUGGAGGGCGGCCACGCAACUCUGGAAUGUCACCUUCUGAAGGGUUCACCAGCACCCAUAAGGCACUGGUUCAUGGGCAAUGACCUUCGCCAGUCACACCACACAGUUAUUGGUGAUGGUGAGAAACUGGUGAUCACAGGAGCCCAAGUGGAUGACUCUGGGGUGUAUCAAUGCAUUGUGGAGAAUUCCGCUGGGUCAGACAGCAAAGUGGUGCGAGUGGGAGUACAGGCACCUCCCAGGGUUAACAUUACAGCUCUUCCAGGACCCACCACAGUUCUCACUCCAGGUGGAGCUGAAGCAACACUGCUGCCUGCUGAUGGCCGACCACGCAACACGUCUGUGAGCACCUCCUUUACCACUACACAAGAUCAGACUGUAACCCUGCCUUGCCCUGUUACUGGGUCACCCACACCGCGACGUCUAUGGUAUAGUGGAUCCCAGGCCCUCGUGUCCUCCUCCAGAUUAGUGGUAGGGGUAGGUGGGCGGGACAUCACCAUCGUGGGUGUGAGGCCAAGGGAUGCUGGAGUAUAUGUUUGUGUGGCUGUCAACCCUGCAGGCGAGGCACAGCUCUCUACUACUCUCAUUGUUAUUGGUCGGCCUGUGCUGGAAGGUAAACCUGAAGAGGAAAUAUCUAUACUGCAAGGUGGGAGAGUUACUCUUGAGUGUAAGGUGAAGGUUGCCACCACUGAAGCUCAUAAAGGCCCUCAUAGAUAUACACACUAUAACAUCACCUGGACAAAAGGUGGACACCACCUUGAGAACAAUAGUCCAACUCUACAGAAUACCCCAGGUUCAUUUAAAAUGGGUAAUCGGGCAGAUGUAGAUUACUACAAUUACUUGGAAUAUGUAAAUUAUGACUCUGAGCUAGGCCUCGACCCUCUGUUCAACAUAACGGCAAAAAGUGACACUGCUAACUUUGACUGGCGCAAGUGGAGAAGAAAUAAUACAACAUCUUCGUAUGAGAUGUCUGCUGAUGGUUCACGAUUAACUCUGCCAACAGUAAUGAAAGACGAUGAGGGGCUAUACACAUGUGAAGUUACUAAUGAAGCUGGUUUAACUAAAAGAACUUUCAGAAUCGAUGCCUUGGUGCCUCCAGAUAUAGGCAAUGAAGAGGAUGUGAAAGUGUACGAGGCAGCUGUGGGGGAGCCAGUAGUGUUUGAGUGUGAUGCCACCGGAGAUCCUCCACCAGAGGUGAAUUGGUACCGAGGGUCCAGCCCUGUAAAACCCAGCGCCCAUUUGCAGCUUCUAGAAAAAAAUCAUGUCCUCAUCAUAACUGCAGUACAGGAAGGCGAUGAUGGUGACUAUAUGUGCUUGGCAACCAACCUGGCAGGCGUCAAGGAGGAGACCUUCCAUCUCCAGGUGUUGGUCCCCCCAAAAGUUUCUGGGCAGGAGGACUUGACCAUCACAGCAGUGAGUGGGCAGCAACUAAUGUUAGAGUGUGAAGUAAGUGGCUAUCCCCAACCUGACACCACCUGGACUUAUGACACCCAAGAGUUAAUUCCAGAUGACAAUGUUCUUAUAAAUAAUAGCAAACUUAUUAUAAAAAGUGUGUCAGUGGACCUGGCUGGGGAGUACCAGUGUAGUGCUGUUAACUCUGUUGGCCAAGCAGCUAGACGAUUCACACUCCAGGUUACAGAGGCACCGUUCAUCACCGGCAGUGACGAUGAAGAGAUAGUAACCGUCAUAGAAGGAGCAUCAGCUUCUCUACACUGUGUUGCAUCUGGCCAUCCUGAGCCUAUUAUCUCAUGGUUCAAGGAUGAUGUCGGUAUACGUGUAAACGAUCGUGUGAGUGUGUCUUGGGGUGGACGGACCCUUUUGAUUGAGUAUGUGGAUCGGGUUGAUGGUGGUCACUAUACUUGUUUGGCUUCAAACCUCGCUGGUAACCACACCCGAGACUACCGCAUCCAGGUUCUUCAGGCGCCACAACUGAAAGAGGCUCCUGAAGAGAUAGUGGCUGUGUCUGGAGAGGUUGUUACCCUCAUGUGUAGCUUUUAUGGUCACCCACAGCCUAAGAUCAGUUGGUACUUUAAAGGAGCUCCAGCAGCCAUAGCUGAGAAUCUUUUGCCAUCAGGAGCACUACAGCAUUUCCCAGUCCGCCCUGAUCAUGCUGGCAGCUACACAUGUAUCGCUGACAAUGAAGCAGGCAGAGCCAACCAUACCCUGACACUUUCUGUCCUUACUCCUCCUUCAGUACAAGUGGAGCAGAAGAAGGUGGUGGCAGUAAAUGGUGAAGCUGUCACUCUACACUGUCAUGCACAAGGAUCACCUCCUCCAACUCUAACAUGGCUUAAAGGACAUCAAAUUGUUAUUGAAGGGCCAGAAUUUCAGUUGAGAGGGAAUGGGUCCCUCCAUCUACCGAGAGUGACCCCCGCACUUGCUGCCACCUACGUGUGCACUGGGCGCAGUCCUGCUGGCUCUGCUCAUGACCACACUGAUCUCAUUGUCCAUGAACCUCCUUCAGUGGUGCCAUCUGCAGAGGAGGUGGUAACAGUAGCUGGUCAAGAAGUGAUGCUCACAUGUGAAGUGACAGGUCAACCUUUGCCAACUGUUACUUGGACACGACCAGACCUAGCCCACCAACCCAUCACACCUGAAGACCCACGUGUGCAGAUUUCUGGCACAGAUCUGGUGAUCAUGCCAGUAGCAGUUGAGGACAUGGGACGCUAUGAGUGCACAGCUCACAACCCAGCUGGCCGUACCACGGGGCAGCUCAACCUUGUUGUUCACUCUCCACCAAUGGUGAUGGAAGAACUGUCGGAGACAGUGUCUGUGCAACGUGGGGAGAACUUGGUGCUUGGUUGUACAGCAUCAGGUUACCCUCCUUCCCGCACAACCUGGUUAAAAGAGGGACGUAUCCUGUCAGAGAUGCCCAGGCUCACAUUUGCCACCAAUGGGGAACUCGUCAUAACUGCAGCACAGACAUCUGACUCGGGGUUGUACACCUGUUUAGUGAUGAAUGCUGCAGGCCGCCUAUACCGUGAAGUGGAGGUCUUGGUUCAGGUUCCCCCUCGCCUUGUUGUCCUUCCUCGCACCAAUCAAGUCACACGUGGUGAUAGGUUUGAGUUGGAAUGCGAAGCUGUGGGUGUUCCAAGGCCUACCAUUCAGUGGCUCCUAAAUGGCACACAGGUAGAUGGCGUUGCUGUUUCUUCAAGUGGGCGAUCAGUGCUUGUAGUGGAACGAGCCUCUAAAACAGAUGAAGGAACAUAUACGUGUCUCGCAGAAAAUGAUGCUGGACACAGAAAGGCCGUUGCUGCUAUCAGGGUCAAAGUGCCUCCCGUGAUCAUGUAUGCCCCUGAGGAAAUGACAGUGUUAGAGCUCAACACAGUAACACUGACAUGUGUCGCAGAGGGUGAUCCCGUACCAGCCACAACCUGGAUCAAGGAAGGACACUCCGUCCAUUCCUCAGACAGGGUUCAUCUAAUGGAUAAUGGCUCCUUGGUCAUUGACUCGUCUCAAGCAUCUGAUGCCGGUGAGUACAAGUGUGUGGUGAGCAAUGAUGCCGGUGCAGCUGAAGCCACUGCUCACCUAGUGGUUCACACACCUCCCAUCCUCACACGCACUCCCAUGACUGCAGUGGUGGAAGUUGGUGGAACGGUGGUGUUUGACUGUGAGGCGGAGGGCUCUCCUCCACCAACCAUACAGUGGAGUGUCAGCCCAGGAGAACUACACUCUCGCUUCCUCCAACUAACCAACGGCUCUCUGCAGCUGAUAGCAGCCCAGAUGGAGGAUGAGGGUCAUGUCAUAUGCCAGGCUUAUAACGAUCUUGGUGAGGACUUGGCAAAGGCUGACCUCUUUAUUAAAGUAUCAGGAAUGUGGGGUUCCUGGGGUCCCUGGGCAACAUGCAGUGUGUCAUGUGGUACUGGACAACAGGAGAGGAGAAGGGUGUGUAACACUCCUGCGCCACGCCAUGGAGGUUCUCUCUGUCAAGGUGACGAGGCUCACACUCGCCCUUGUCGUCCUCACCCAUGCCCUGUGGAUGGUAACUGGUCACCAUGGGAUCCCUGGAGUGAGUGCAGCACAACCUGUGGCGGUGGAGUACGACUUAGGUCAAGAUACUGCACGGCUCCUGCCCCUUUAUAUGGUGGUCAGGCUUGUGAGGGUGCUGCGGUUGAAGAGGAAGACUGCCGGUUAAGGGACUGCCCAGUGUCAGGUGAAUGGGGCAUAUGGACAUCAUGGUCUGACUGCAGUACAACGUGUGGUCAAGGGCUUCGUCAGCGGACCCGUCUGUGUGACUCUCCACCGCCUGCAGCUGGUGGUGAAGAGUGCAGAGGUGAUGGUCUCGAGAUCAUGCCUUGCUCAAGCCCACCGUGUCUGCUGGAUGGUAACUGGGGAUCAUGGGAAUCAUGGAGCGUGUGCAGCGUGUCAUGCGGUGGGGGAAUGCGACGACGACAGCGGGAAUGCAAUGACCCACCUCCUUCAAAUGGUGGCCGGUUUUGUCCUGGUUCUGACACACUUGAAGAUUAUUGCAAUCUCGACAUGUGUCCUGUUAAUGGUGGUUGGUCAUCGUGGUCAGUGUGGGGGUCGUGCACAGCUACAUGCGGGGGAGGUCAACGAAGACGGUUGCGAACAUGUGACAAUCCUUCUCCAUCCCAGGAUGGUCGGACAUGCACUGGUCCAGACACUGACACUGAGGCUUGUAAUGUGCAUAAAUGUCCAGUAAGUGGAGCAUGGGGGUCUUGGGGCGAGUGGACAGGAUGUAGUAUGACAUGUGGUACAGGAAUUCGAGUCAGGAGUAGAAGAUGCAAUGCUCCUUAUCCAAGGUUUGGUGGCACUCCUUGUCCAGGGGAAGAACGUGAGACUGCUACCUGUGAGGGAGAUGCUUGUGAGAUACUGCCUGUGGUGGCUCGUGGGACACUGAUGGGAGAGCUCAAUGGCGAAGAUCUGGGCAUUGUUGCUAUCAAUGCCAAUGUCACCACACUCGGCAUGCAGAGAACCGUCACUGCUAAUGUCAGCCCUCUUAUACCCAAACAUGGCACCUGGCUUACUCCCCUCCUGUCAGUGGUGUCUCCUGUGUACUGGACUUCAGCCUAUGAGAUAAAUGGAGCAGCAAAUGGACACUCGCUAACUAAGGGAUUCUUCCGACGGGAGGCUCAUGUUGCAUUUGCUACUGGCGAGACUGUGGACAUGACUCAUGUUGUGCGAGGUGUUGACUCAAAUGGUGUGUUAUUGGUGGAUGUGGUAGUAACUGGCAGUGUUCCUUACCUGCCUCCAGGCUCAGUCAUCACACUUCAACCUUACAAUGAGAACUACGUACAAACAGGUGGAGGGUCACUCUUUGCCACUUCAACGCGCACCUUCUCUGUCGGUGAAUACCACCUGCCUUAUGCCUGGAACCAAACCAUAUCUUAUGAUGCAGAACUUGGCAGUAUGCCUUACCUUGUUGAGACUUUGCAUGCAAAUGGAUUAGGGUCGUUUUACAGCAGUGGCCAAGCUGAACUUGACCUGAUUGUCUCAACAUCUAUUGCACCAGGAUCACCUAGUGACUCCUGCCCUUCAGGGUUUACGUUGGACGAGUCGGGACCCUACUGUCGUGACAAUAAUGAAUGUUUGACUUCUACCAGUCGGUGUUCUCAUGGCUGUACUAACACUGUUGGCAGUUAUGCAUGCACUUGCACCCCUGGAUACACACUAGGUCCUGAUGGUUACACGUGUCAAGAUGUAGAUGAGUGUUCUAUGUCUGGAGUGUGUGGUCCAAGAGAGCAGUGUAACAACAGCCCGGGUUCUUACAUGUGUACUUACACCUGCGGUCACGGUCUGAGGAGGACACCUUCUGGCACAGCUUGCGAGGACAUUAAUGAGUGUCAGGAGCAGCCAGAUGUUUGUGACCAAACAUGUCUUAACCUCAUUGGUGGCUACCGAUGUGAUUGUCGCCGGGGCUUCAGACUUCUUGGCCAGAGUAACUGUGUAGAUAUCGACGAAUGCUCGCAGUUCCAUUCUCCCUGUAGUCAUGAGUGUAAAAACACAGUGGGUUCCUUCAGAUGUACCUGUCCUGAAGGCCAUAACCUCCUGCCUAAUGGUCGCUGCAAGGAUGUGAAUGAAUGUGCAUUGUACCUACAUGACUGCCUGGAAGAGCAGGAGUGCCAAAACACUGAGGGCUCCUACACCUGCAUCACUCACUGUCCUGCUGGUCUAACCCAAGCCACCAAUGGCACUUGCAAAGACAUUGAUGAGUGCUCCGAAGAAAUAUCCACAUGUCACUUCACUCAGAUUUGUCUAAAUACGUGGGGAUCUUAUCGAUGUUCGUGCAGCCGAGGAUUCAGCUCGUCAGGACCAGGACAACCAUGUUUUGAUGUGGAUGAGUGUGUGACCACUCCAUCACCCUGUAACUACCAGUGUCAUAACCUGCGUGGGACCUACCAGUGUAUCUGUGCACCUGGACAACAAAGGCUGCCCGAUGGGAAAUCCUGUGUUGGGCUACAGUACGUAGAGGAGCCUCGCGCCCGCUACCCUGUCCCCCCACGUCGUCCCAGACCUGCCUUGCCUGGCUACCCAACCACAGAGUUCCAGGAGAAACUCCUUCAAAAGUUCUACAUCCAGUCUAGCUGCCCACAAGGCUUUGAGUAUGAGGAUGGAGAGUGCAAAGAUGUGGACGAGUGCACCUUGACAGACAGAUGCCAACACCACUGCCACAAUACAUUUGGCAGUUACAUGUGCCUCUGUCCUCCUGGCUACCGUCUAAAUCCUAACCAGCGAACAUGUGAUGAUAUUGACGAGUGCCUCGAGCAGGAAGUAGAGUGUGGGCGAGACGAGUUGUGCUUCAACUUGCGUGGAUCCCACAAAUGUGUGCCUACCCCUUGUCCUCCUGAGUAUCAACGAGAUAUUGCUACUGGGUCAUGUAUUCUGGACUGCCGGAGAGAUCAUUCUAGCUGCCCACCUGGGGUCAGUUAUGCUCACAUUCUUGCCUUCAAAACAGCCUCUCUUCCAGCUGGUAUACAAGCUAACCAGGAUCUUGUCAGACUUAUGACCUAUGAUCAGGCAGGAAAUCUGGUGCCACAUACACUCUUCACCAUAAUAGAGAAUGAAACAGGUAUUCCCUUCAGAAUCCGCCUACAAAAUGGGAAGGGCAUCUUAAGGACUCUCCAGUCACUGACCGCUGGACGAGAGUACAGGAUGGUGGUAGAAGCAGUGUCCUAUGAUGAGAUAGAGCAUUUUAUCAAGUACUCCACAAGGUUCAUCAUCUUCUUGCACAUCUCGGAAUACCCAUACUAAGUCAACAGGAGUCAGGCCAUGUUGAAGUAUGUCUUGGUAGCCAUGGUAAUAAUGUAGUAUGAUACUGAAUCCACAGUCAAGACUAGAUAUUAUCCAUAUCUAACAGUUAUGUUAUUUAUUUCUUACAUCUUAAGUAGUUUUUAAAGAUACAGGUACCUCCUGAGUAGUGUAGCUUGAGAACUUUUCAAGUUCUCAAGUCGGAUGUAACAGUAGUCUUGUUGUCGUAAGUACAGUAUAUACAUAUACUAGAAAUCGGUGCAACAUUAAAAGAACUAACAUAUGGUACACUAAAACUUUCAAGCAAGUGCAGUUUGAUACAUUUAUCACCACCUGUUUGACUCAUUUGCUGACAAUUUUGUAAAGGGAAUGCAUCCUCUUGUGAAAUGUAACCACUAAUUCAUUUACUGCAUAUUUUGUUUAUUUAAAAAUAAUAUAAAUUAAAUGUUAAUGAAUUUCAGUACAGAAUUUUUAUCAAAUCUUUUGUCCUUGCUUAUAUAAAUUUCUGCCAUAAACAUUGAGCAUCAAUUUCUAAAUGUUAUCUGGGUUGAAGACUAAGUAAUUAACAAAAGGCACCAAGGCUGAAGACUGUAGUCUAUGCUUAUCCUGGUUUUCUCAGUAGCUUAAGAAAGGCCUCUGUCAAUCUUUAUUCAUUUGUAAUUUUAGAAUAUAAGAAUGAGUUUCUCUAUACAGUAUUUAUCAAAUCUAUACACAUGUAUAUUUUAUGUAUAAUGAUAAUAAAAACUUUGAAUUAGCUAUAAUUUAAGUGGCCAUGAUUGUUUACAGGUUAUCAGCUGAUAUUUCCCUUUUAACAUUCCAGUGUGCACAUCCACUGUAGAUAUAUAUUGUAGUCUCUAAGUCUUCCAAAUAUUUGGCAAUGAAUCUUUUUGCAAUAAAUCAAUGAAAAAUCA